UUUGUUGCUCACAGCACCCCACUCAUAUCUCCUGCACUUCCACUCUCUGUCUUUAUACUUUUUCUCUCUCUAUAGAUCUUCAGCGAAAAUCUUUUUUUUUUUUUUCCAGAUCUUCAGUUCUGAGCUUUGGGUUUCUGUUUUCUUGGACUCUUAUUAGGAAAAGAUUAAAAAUUAGUGGCAAGUUCAUUUACAUACUCAUUUGGAUUUGGUGGAGGAGAGCAACAUGCCGUGGGCUGCUUCAUUUGUGAAUUAUAGCAGGAACUGUGUUCGCCUGGUGGUCUUCUUUCGUGUUAUAAUCUAAUUUAGAUUGCUUUGGUAGUUGCUCUCCCUCUCCCUCUCCCUCUCCCUCUCCCUCUCCCUCUCCCUCUCUCUCUCUCUCUCUCUCUCUCUCUCUCUCUGUGUGUGUGUUUCUCUCAUGUCUCAAUGUGUUGUGGCAGAACUCAGAGAAGUGAAGGAAAUACUUCAUGUUUUUGCUUUAUCACAAUUUAGCUUACAAAAUGGAAAGUGUGAAAGGUCAAUUGUUUUGUUUUCUUUAAUCAUUGAAGGGCUUUGGGCUUAUUGUUGCAGGUAAAUCCUCUUUGAUUGGUGAAGGAACCCUUAUAUUUAGUGUAGUUUCUAUUUAAAAGCGGUUUGAGGUGCGAGAAUGUACAUUGCGGUAACCAUAAAGAGGUAUCGUGCUGUGAAGGAAGUAGGGAAGAUUAAAAUGAUAGUUGGGAUUACUGCGUAUUACCAAGUGAUGCAAGUUUGCCAGGCUGAAUAUUUCCGUCAGUUGCUGAAGCCUGUGACGUAGUCUAGCAUUACAAAGCUCUAGGGGAUUGGGUUUUGGGACAGAUUGCCUCUGGUUGUGUUUAUACAUAAGAAGGCAAUGACAAAGUCACGAAGAUGAACUGUUUGAUUCUGGUAGUUGUUCGUUUAGAAUAGACAGCUCUUUAUGCAGGAUGGCAAUGCAUUGAUUCGCUAUAUAGUGUUCUUCUCUUUUUAGGAACCUUCUUCCAAUUGGAAACCAAAUAAUCACCAACCCAAAGCCAAAAAAAUCCAUCAUUCUCUUUGACUUUUUAAUCCAAGGUGGGCGUCUGAUGCAGAGUGACCAGCAAUUUCAACCCAACAAGGCAGUGCCCCACUUUGCAAAUCAAAGGGGUAAUAAUUACAUGCAUAUUCCAGUUGCACCUUCUUUUGCUGCAGCACUACCUCCCACUGGAAAGCAUUUGAUGCCUGUUCAUGGCAUUGAAUUUCAACCUUCUGAGGUUUGCCCAAAGAAUUUCAUUAUUUUCGAUCAGAAUGAUCAUCGAAGCCAAAUUAUGUUUCAUCCUGCAGUUGCCCACAAAUUCAGUGGUCCUGGCUUAAAUAUGUGUGGAAGUUGCAACCCAGAGAAUUUUGAUAGAGAAGAGAUCAAUGGUAUUGAAAGAGAAGUAUCUUCUUCUUCUCUAAAAGAGGAUUCAGAUGAUAUUGAUGCAUUAUUGAGCUUGGAAGAGGAUGAACAGGAUGAAUAUGAUGAGGAAGAAGUUAGCACAGCACGAACUUAUGGAAAUCAUGGAAGCAACUCCCCUGAUUCGUACUCAACUUGUGGUUCUAAGCCCUGGAAAAAUGGAUCUUCAUCUAUUCAGAACUCCUCUGGAAAUGGUAGCAGCAUUAACAGUGAAAGGAAACGACAGAAGAUGAAGAAGAUGGUGAAGGCACUGAGAGGAAUUGUACCUGGUGGUGAUCAAAUGAAUACAGUAAUGGUUAUUGAUGAAGCAGUCAGAUAUCUAAAGUCUCUCAAAGUUGAAGUGCAGAAGAUUGGAGCUGGGAAUUUUAAGAAUUAAGUUUUAAUUUCGUCUGGUAUUUAACUCCAUUUCUAAGAUACGGGCAAUUAUGCACCAGUUGGUUUCCCUCUGUCUUGGCUGGUUGGUAUUAGGUGAAUAAUGAUGGCAGCUUUAUUAGGCAACCAUGUUCAUGUUCCAACGAUCCAAUUAUAGGUUGGUUGCCACAAAGUGAAGACAUUAAUGAUUGUUCUCUCUUAAAUUUAAAUUUCUCUGUAACCUCAGUUUCUAUGUACUCUUUAGUUGAGUGAAGAUUGGCUUGAUGUUUAAUAUGUAUUACUCUAUUCUACUAGCAGGUAUUCUGUCUGGCCUGUUACUAGUUAGUACUACUUUUAAUGUUAUUUUGUACUUGACUUUAUGUCUAUCUAAUUAUUCCUAUUUCCUA